AUGUCUUGGUUAGAGUUUGGGCUCGUGACCAUGGUCAUCACAGGAUCUCAGGGUUGUUUACAAUGUAGCAAAGAAGCCAUAGCACUUCAAGAAGAGUUCAAAAAUAGCUACCUGGAAAACAAACUCCGAAGGAACCCUGAACUCAAAAGAAAAUUGCAGCAGCUCCUGGACAAUACCGUGGAGGGGUUAUCGCAACAACCCAUACAUCCAGAAAAAUAUAUGGCUUUUAUUGAUGAAUUGACGCUAAAAAAACUCACUGUCUACUUCAAACGCUCUCUGAACCAGAUCAAGGAAAAUAACUUUGAAGGUGAGCAGCUUUUCAAUGAAUUGAUGUGGAGCCUCCAGAAACUGGUGACUUAUUUUCAAGAAGUCAUGCCCCAAGUUACAAAACUCUAUUGCAGCAAUGAUUGUGGUAGGAUGUUUUAUACGUUUAUCAGUUGCAGCUCAUGUAUUGCAAAUCAGCAGACCUGUACCAAGAACUUCCAUUGUGGAGAACGGAAAGUUCUAGUGGAAAUGGAUGAAGAUUUGAUUUUGGAUUGUGCUCUGAAAUGGCAUAAGGCAAGCCAUGGAGUGAAGACAUACAUGUUCUACAAGAUGGUGAAUAACAAGGAGGAGCUGAUGGCCAGCGGGGCAGAUUCCUUUCUGACCAAGAAAGAAGCCAAUAUGAAAGAUGCAGGCAGAUACCGAUGUAAAAUGGUGGACACAAAAGGCUAUACUUCCAGCCAGCUUGACUUUCAAGUUGUGGUGCUGCCUCCAAAAGAGAACACCACCUGGUUUACCCACCCACCACCGCUGGUUCCACAGCCAUCAUCACUGUCUCCACCAUCUUCAUUAUUGUUACCGCCACCUGUGUCAAUGAAAAACCCUCUCAUCCUAGAGAUUUCUUCCAGGGCUCCACCCCCUGAAGCUGAUUGGACAGCUUGGAAAGUGAGCGGGAUUACAGGAGGUGUGCUGUCCUUCAUUGUUGUUGCUUUCUUAUGUUAUUAUCGUCAUAUGGCUAAGAAAGAAGAGGAGGAGGAAGAUGAUGAUGAUGAGAGUGACAGUGAGAGUGACUCAAGUGAGAGUGAAAGUGAAUCAGAGAGUUAG